UAUCGUGAUAGUUCGUAACAUCAACAUCACACACCUCCAGUUCUAGUAGUGUGUGUGCCAUACGUAGACGUAGUGUUGGUUCUACAGCCAGCAGCCAGCGGAGUAGUUCUACUCGUGAUCGUGAACAGUGGCAGCAAAGCAAACGCCAUUUUCUGCGUGCUAUCGCGGGUUCAUAACCCAUUGCGCCGGAUCACGGAUUACACUACUAACUACGACUACGACUACGAACACUACACUCCUCUAGGAACACUACACUAAAAGUUCUGUUAAGUUGUUCUGCUGGUGCUGGUGCUGCAGCAUAAUCUCCACCGACGUGUGUAAAAAAUAUCCAGUAUCCCGAUAUGUUGUGUUGCAAUUUAUUGUAAUAAUUGUUGGUUUUAUAUUGUUGUGAGUUUAUUGUUUCAAUACUGUUUUAAUAAUAGUGCACGUAGUGAAUUUAAUAAUACAGUUUACAAUAAUUAUUAUUAUUACUAUUAUUUAUAUAAAUAAUAUUUGUGAUAUCAGGAUAGAACGAGGGCGAUGCCCGGACACGCGACUGGGGGUGCGUCAGCGGAUAUGGUAAUGAGAGAGCGGUGAGUGGACUUGAUAGACAAAUAAAAAGAGCGAGGCCUAUUGGGGAAAGAUGCCGCUCCCCAAGAGGUUGGUGGAGCCGGUGCACGUUGCCCGUGGGACUAUUCCUGAAGCUUUUCCUCUGCCAUCGGAGCUGGAAGCCGCGACAAAUGGGACCCUGGCCAAUACUAUUAGACAGCUGUCAAGCUUAUCGCGACACGCUGAGGACCUGUUCGGGGAGCUGGCACGUGAAGCUCAUACAUUGAGCGAUCGAGCCAACUCUCUGCAAGCGAGAAUAGAUAGACUAGCGGUUAAAGUUACCCAGCUGGACAGUAAUGUUGAGGAAGUUUCACUACAAGAUAUUCAUAUGAGAAAGGCAUUCAAGAGCUCGGUUGUAUUCGACCAGCAAGUCGUUUCACGUGAUACUAUGCCCACGGCAAUGCGUGAGACUUAUCAAGCAUGUGAUACUCCUCCGCCAUUAGAUAAACUCAAUGUUUACAGAGAGGACGGCAAAGAUGGAUUAAAAUUUUAUACUGAUCCGAAUUAUUUCUUCGAUUUGUGGAGUCAGGAAAUGCUCAAAGACACGGAGAAGAAAAUUCACGACAGAGGAAAGAAGCCCCAUAGGCCUCGGAACGAUGGAGGCAAUGCUGGGGGAGGAGGAAGACACAAGAAACGUGUAAGACAACCUCACAACACGAGGGAGAGACAACGACAGCUUGCUGUUGGACAUGGGGAAUAUAUUAUGCCGACACAGGGUGUUCAGUACCGAACACCGCAUAAUAUUCCGGAUGAAUCACUUCUGGGAAUGGUGAUGACAGAUCCACGACCUCCAAGACCAAAUAGUAUUGAGCUUAGGCGAAGUUAUCCACCGGAUGAGCAACAUCUGUACAGUCCUCCUACGACGGAUCAUUAUAGGGCGGCAAACUAUAUGGCUCAAGGUUACGACGAUGGAAGUUUAUACAGCUCUCAUUAUGCACCUGGACAAGGACAGAUGGGUAAUGAGACGUACCAAAGUCCUGGACCAGGUACACCAAGUCGUGGUGGCAGAUCGAGGCCAUCGCAACCGCCUCCGGCGCCACCGAGUAACGCCUCGAGCAAUUCAACUCCAACAGUGGCGUCAGCAAAUAACACACCGACUCGUGGAAGGUCGAUGAGCACCGGAAGAGAUACACUACCACCACCGCCACCGCCUCCUGGUGAAGUGAUGUCGCCACCCCCUAUAAAUGGGACGAUACCGGCGCACCUGCUAAAUAGAAAUGGUAGUCGUUCAAACAGUCCAUUACCGAGUCAUCAAUCAACACCGACUCCGCCAAAUCAUACCCUACCCGUGGGAAUCGAUGAGCCGGAUCCUGCGCCUCAGGAUUUGCCACCGCCUCCGCCUACUCCUGAUCCAGCGCCAUCACGGCCGAUAUCGCCGCCUUGCAACAUUCCGCCGCCACCUCCUCCGCCACCGCCACCUCCCGUUCUUAAUGGACCCAUGACAUGCGUACCAAUUAGCAACGGUGACAUUGCUAAGAUAAUUGCCAAUAAUCCACCCAAAUUAAAGCCACUCAAGAGUAUAGUUGAUGGACAAUUGAGGAAACCACAAAACCCAAAUAUUCCGAUCGUUGAUCCACGAAAUGAUUUGCUCAAAGCUAUUCGUGACGGAAUUAAGUUACGCAAGGUAGAAAAGAUAGAGCAGAAGGAAGUGGAGCGCGUAAAUGCUUUGAACGACGUGGCGUCAAUAUUAGCUAGAAGAGUUGCUGUUGAAUUCAGCGAUAGUGAUUCUGCAUCAGAAAGCGAGUGCGACAGUGAAGGAUGGGGUGAACAAGACUCGAGUAUCGCGUGACCCGUGUCAUUUCCGCCCACUGCAUCUGCCUCUUAGAGUGAACCAGUCGAUUUAAUAAUAAAUAAUAAUAUUCUUUUGUCUACGUUUAACCAUCAAGAUAUAUAUAAAUAAAUGUAUUAUAUAUCUCAUUCAAAACACUAGAAAUUUUAAAGAUAUUCGCAUUCGAUAUGAUAAUCACUCGUGUAAUUCAUCAGAGCUUUUAAAUUAUUUUAUUAUUAGGCACUUUCUGUAGUGCUGAUAAUUAUUGCGUAGUUAUGGAAUAGGGGCAAAAGUUAUUUAAAUUUUCUUGUACAUUCCGCAGUACUAGCAGUACAUUAUUAUUAAUAUUAUUAUUAUAAUUAUGAUUACGAUCGCAUGGUAAUGGAAAAAAAAUGAACCAUGAAAAAUUAAAAAAAAAUUUCUGUUUAAACGUAAGUAAUAUGUAGAAAAUAUAAAAUAAAAAUCUGCUUUAAAUUAAUGCAUUAUCAUCGAAAGCUAGUUAUUAAUUCAUUAUAAAUUAAUAAAUAAAUAAACAAGUUUUAAUUGUAAAGAUAAUGCGCAAUAUAAUAUCGAGUCUUCCUCAAAGUUUAUAACUAGAGGUGACAAUUAAUGCAACACUAAGUUGUUAUUAAGGGAGGAAAUGGGUCAGAUAUAAAAGAGGAUGUAUUUGUGAUUUUUUUUUUUUCAGAGUAGCUUCGUUAUUAAAAUUCUUAAAAUUUGUGACACUAUUAAGCAUCAUUCCAAGAGUAUUCUGCGAAAUUUUCGUAAAAAAAUAUUUAAAAAUAAACCAGUGGUAGUGGGGAGAGACGAGUCACCUCAAAAAAAAGUUUCCAUGUCAUAGGCAGGGUUACUCAUGACUUUAUCUGAAAUAAAAAAACCAAAAAGAUUUCUUUAGAACGCAAGUUAUAUCUUGAAUUUGAAUAAAGAAAUAAACAAAAUAUUCAUUUUUGAAUUUUUGGUAAAGGUGCAAUCAAAAAACUCUGAUUUUUACCAAAAACUGCUCCUUAUUUCUAAUUAAAAAAUAAAUAGUUUGUCUACGGCAUGGAGACUUUUUUUUUUUAGGUGACUCGUCUCUCCCCACUACCACUGGCUUAUUUUUAAAUAUUUCUUUAUGAAAAUUUAUUAGAAUAUUCUUGGAAUGAUGCUUAAUAGUGUCACAAAUUUUAAGAAUUUUAAUAACGAAGCUACUCUGAAAAAAAAAAUCACAAAAAUAUCCUUUUUUGUAUCUGACCCGUUUCCUCCCUUAAUAAAUAAUAUAAUAAAUAAAAAAACCAAAAUACUCCAUUUGUAAGUGACGAGUAAUGAGUUUGUAAUUAAAUUUGGGUAUCCAAAAGGAGUUAUUAAUUAUUAUUAUUAAUAUUAUUAUAUAGUUAUUAUUAUAAUUAUUAUUAUUGUUCAGUUUAAAUGUUCAUCUGCAACGACAAGUGUACAUUGAAUAAUUAAGGCUUAUCCAUUAAAUUAAAAAUAAUUGUUCUGUGUAUUUGUAAACGACGAAUGGAUAAAUCUUCUCUGUAAUAUGUUUAUAUAUGAAAAUAUAAAUUUAUAAUACUACAAUAAAGAAAAAAAAAAUAUAUAUAUAUAUAAAUAACAUGUAGAAUAAUGAGAUCGAUUUUAAGCAUAUUAUGAUUAGAAAAUUUUUCGCCAAUUACGACUCAGUAUUUGUUCAUCGAGAACACAAUUUUUGUCUUAGAUUUUGACUCAUUUUAUUUUAAAUUAUCGAUUUUUACUUAUUUUUUUUUAAUUAAUUAAUUAGUGAUUACUGGUGAGGAAACGUAAGAGGUAAAUAAAAAUUAAAGAUGAUCUGAUGCGAUUCCCGAUAAUUUUUACGAUUUUCUAUGUCUGCAUGAGAAAAGAACGUGGCUAUGAUUAAUAAAUAAACUUUAAAUGAAUAAUAAGAAAAAACUCUUAGAUAUAAAACUUAAUGAUGCAGGUAAAUCUGCUUUUAAUAAUAUAUGUAAUUGUAUUAAUUAUAAAUUUGUAGCAAACAAAAUGUACAGAGCCAAAUAAAUCAAAAAUAAAUG